CGUCGGAAGAGGGAGUCACGCUCUCUCUCGCUCUCAGCCUCCUCUGCUGCAGCGAGGGAAUCCGGGAUAACUUUUAGUCCUUUUUGAUCGUGACGUGGAGUGAUUCUGGUGUGUGACGCCUGGGAGGGAAUGUCCUAGUGGCCUUCAGUGCUAUAGAUGGUUAGGUUGUUGUUGUCGAAGUGAUUUUAUCGUGUGGUAAAGUAAAAGAAUGUCCAACACAUUACGUUAGUUUACAGUGUCCGAUGUGAGUGAAUCAGUUUUUAUUUUUUGAUUGAUCAGUGUUCGUUGUGAAACGAAGGCGUUGUUGACCUUGUGGCGCUAGUAACGAUGGUGUUGUGCAGGCACGUGGUCGUGGUGGCGGUGGCGAUGGCGAUAGCGGGGCGCCUCAGCGCGGCUGCAGGUGGUGGCUACCUCAAGAUGUUUGAGGCUCAGCACAACCCGCCCGACCCGUGCUACGACGACGCGGGCGCGCGGCCCAAGAAGUGCAUUCCCGACUUCAUCAACGCGGCCUUCGGGCGUUCCGUCGAGGCCUCCAGCACGUGCGGGGCGCCGCCGUCGCGGUACUGCGUGACCUCGCACGAAAAGGGCGAGGUUAACCGCAAGUGCCACGUGUGCGACGCCGAGGAGCCCGCCCGCGCCCACCCCGCCCACUACCUCACCGACCUCAACAACCCCAACAACCUCACCUGCUGGCGCUCGGCCCCCGUCGACCCCCUCAAGCCCGAGAAUGUGUCGCUCAACAUCUCGCUGGGAAAGAAGUACGAGCUCACCUACAUCAGUCUGCAGUUCUGCGGCCAGAAGCCCGACUCCCUGGCCAUCUACAAGUCCAUGGACUACGGGCGCACGUGGCACCCGUUCCAGUUCUACUCGUCGCAGUGCCGCAAGGUGUACGGGCGCCAGAGCCGCCUGGUGAUCGGGAAGGCCAACGAGCAGGAGGCGCUGUGCACGGACGCCCACCUCAGUCACAACGACCCUCUGACCGGCUCGUCCUCGUCCAGGAUCGCCUUCAGCACGCUGGAAGGACGACCCUCGGCCUACGACUUCGACUCCUCGCCGGUCUUGCAGGACUGGGUCACCGCCACGGACAUCAAAGUGGUUCUGAACCGCCUGCACCCCGAGCUCGACGAGGCCACGGCCGACAACGAAAGUGCCGCCCAGGAGCGCUAUAGUUACGCCGUGGCCGACCUGGCUGUUGGCGGCCGUUGCAAAUGCAAUGGUCACGCCUCCCAGUGCAUCCCGGACAAGACCACGGGCGCGCUAGUGUGUGACUGCGCCCACAACACCGCCGGGCGAGACUGCGAAAAGUGCAAACCCUUCCACUUCGACCGACCGUACGCGCCGUCCCGAGAGGCCAACGAGUGUGUAGGUCAGUGUCCAAGUCUCUCGCGUUUCGUCCCGCCGAGGUCUGUCUCGGAAUGUGCAUGA